GAGGGACAAUAUCUCCUCUCUCAGACCCUCAUUUGUAAGCUUUAUCAAUCAUGAAUCUCCUCAAAGUCCAUCAGUGGCACUGCCAACCUCAAUUUUUCCAGAUUUCACGAAUUACUCCUCUCCAUUCAAUCUUUCCUGGACUCAAAUUCCCCCUUAAAAGAUUAACUCCUCGCUUUUCCUUCAAUCUCUUGCUGCUUUCUCCGUUUAGACCCAGCUUCAAAAUCUCCAGUCUUUCAAGUGCUGAAACUUCGUUUUUUGAUAACAAACAACAAGAUGAUAAUGCAAAACCUGUAGCAGAAUUCGAAGACUUGGCCCAAAACGGGGUUGUUUACCAGAACACACUCAGAUUGGUAGAGUGUUCCAUGUUCGCUGCUGUAACUGGGCUCGUGUAUUUCUUGAGCAAUUCUCUCUCAAUUGAGAAUUACUUCGGAUGUUUCUUCUCGUUGCCAAUAGUAAUCUCUUCAAUGAGAUGGGGAGUUGCAGCUGGGAGGAAAACAGUGGUGGCGACAGCUAUGCUUUUAUUUGUCUUGUCAGGCCCAUUGAAAGCUUUAACAUAUCUGCUAACACAUGGUAUAGUUGGUUUCACCAUGGGUACUUUGUGGAGGUUGGGAGCAGAUUGGGGUCUUUCAAUAUUCUUGUGCACAAUUGCUCGAUCAAUAGGUGCCAUGGGGUAUGUCAUUACAACUUCCUUCUUAAUAAGAGAAAACAUACUUGCUUUGAUCACCAUUAACAUUCAUGCUUCUCUGACAUCAAUAUUUGCUGCCAUUGGUAUUAAUACAAUUCCAUCAAUGAAUGUGAUAUACGCCAUAUUUACGACCGUGCUAUUGCUAAAUAGUGGAUUCUUUGCGUUUCUACUGCAUAUCUUGUAUGCGGUGUUCCUCACCCGGCUUGGAAUGAAACAUUCAUUGAGAUUGCCAAGAUGGCUGGAGAAAGCCUUAUGAGUUAUUUAUCAGUAUAUGAAUUUGCAUUCUGGUAGAUAUACUAAAGUCAGCAUUGUUACCUUCAUCAAUUAGUGCUCAGUUGAAAUUCAAUCACCAUUUUUCUUGCAUCACUACAAUCACAAGCUCCUCUGUUCAUUCUUAUUCCCCUAUUGUUUGUAACUUUUAACCCUUUUCAGCUUGUGUGGAUUAAGGUUAGUUUGCACUGAAUAGAUUCUUCUCUUUGCCAUGUAUGGAAGUGGCCUGGUGUUGUAGGGGAAGUGCUAAUGCACUGAGAAUUGAACUCUUAAAGCUACACUGUAUUAAUGUAAAUGAAUUAUUAUUAUUUUC